UUAUCUCCCAUACGCCGAAGUUUUCAGUGUCCUUGACCUCAAGUGUUCUCAGACUGAUGCAAUAAUUUGAACGAUGAAAAACUGAAAAAAUCAAGGAAACUCGAGCUGUUAUUUAAUUUAUCUGUGAUAAAAUCAGCAACUUUAUUGUUGAUCUUUAAUUUCAAGAAUGGAGGACGACGAGUUGACACCCUUUGAUCCUAAUAUGAUGAAAAAGAAAAAGAAGAAGAAGAAGGUUCCAUUUGAUUUAGAUGCAGCUAUGGGGGAUCCAGAAGGAGCAACAGAUGGGGCACCAACCCCUGAAACAACGGAAAUCACAGAGGAACCAGAGGAAAGCAAAUCUGAAAAUCAAAGGGAGAAAGUAGACGAUGAUAUGUCAUUAGAAUUUAGUCUUGGAAUGAAGAAGAAGAAAAAGAAAAAGAAAGCAUUUGAACUUGAUGACCUGGGAGAUGCUUUGCCUGAAUCACAAGCUUCAGAAUCUAAUGAGGCCCCAGAGGACCAAGAUGGUGGAGCUGAUGAUGAAGCCCCAGGAGAUGAAGAUUUUAAUUUAGCUCUUCCAACAAAGAAAAAGAAAAAGAAGAAGAAGGUUGACUUUGAUGCACUGGAAUCAGAGGAACCAAUGAUGGAUGAAGUUGAUGAAGCAGAAGAAGCCAAGAAGGAAGAGAGAUUAACAGGAGGUAGUUCUGGGAAAUCUUGGUUGGACUCUGACAGGGAUUACACAUAUGAUGAGUUACUGUCUCGUGUGUUUGAUAUAAUUAGAGAGAAAAAUCCAGAUAUGGUGACUGGUGAAAAGAAGAAAUUUGUUAUGAGACCUCCUCAAGUGCUAAAAGUUGGUACAAGAAAAUCUUCUUUUGCAAAUUUUGCAGAUAUUUGUAGAUUGUUACAUCGACAGCCUAAACAUGUGUUAGCUUUCCUGUUGGCAGAAUUGGGAACAAGUGGUUCUGUUGAUGGUAAUAAUCAGUUGAUUAUCAAAGGCAAAUAUAACCAGAAACAGAUAGAAAAUGUCCUUAGAAGAUAUAUUAAAGAGUAUGUUACCUGUCAUACCUGUAGGUCACCUGACACGUUGCUUCAAAAAGAUACUAGAAUUUUCUUUCUACAGUGUGAAACAUGUGGAUCUCGAUGCUCUGUCGCUAGCAUCAAAUCUGGUUUCCAGGCCGUCACAGGAAAGAGAGCUGCAAUACGGGCCAAAACCACAUAAGACAAUCAUGACAGAGCUGAAUAAUAUGGAUAAAUAUAUCGUCUUUAAAUGGCUUAAAAAGCUUUUAUCAUUUGUCACUUAUAAGUCAAAACAGUUUAAAUGUUUUCAUCUGUGUACUUGUAACGGUACAAUGAAUGUUGUUGACAGAACAGUGACUGCAUGUCAGAUGAAUGCCAGUGGAUAUAAAGAGGAAGAUUGGUUGAAAGGACUGAUAGUGACCAGUAUAUUUCAUUGGAUAAUUCGCCAUUUAAGAGAUCAGUGCAUCUUAACUAUUCUUAAUUUAUACAGUUAUAAUGAUAUUUCUUUCAUAAAUUUACAUUCAAA